AUCGAUCUUCCGAAACGGCUUCUCGGUGUCGUCCUCGAUGGGAACGACCCCUCGCAUGGUUGACUUCGCUCAAGUCGCGCUGCGCGACGGGGUACUCCUUCUUCGUAGCGCCAACGACGGCCACCGUUCCAACGGCAUAGGUCCCGGGGAAUAUCACGGCGUCAGCAACGGCCAGGACCCCAUGACGAAACGUUCCUACAACAUGAGGGCGCAGAGCAGCCAAGUCCGGAGGGAGCGCUCCCUCAGCUUCAGCGGGACCUCGUCCACGGCGAAAGCGUUCCUGUCACUGGCGUCUUCGAUGGCCAGAACAAACCCCACGCGCUCCAACAAAGAGGCGGCGAGCUGCCGCCCCGACCUGCACCUUCUCACCCGCAACACCUACCCCGCGCCCGGAGGAGUGGGCGGGAGGGGAGGGGACGGACGGAGCACGUUCCCGGGGAAAGAGAGGCGGUGCGUGUCCCCCGCCUCGGCGAUGCUUUCUUCCCUGCGCGGUAGGGCGGCAGCGGCAGCGAACGGGAAUGGGGCGGCCGCGACGUUUGGGCUUCGAUCGGGGGGCAUGAGGUUUUUCAUUGUCCACUUGUGGCCCAUGGCUCCCGCAGCCUCUCUCCGAAGACGAACCGCGGCCGCUCCGGGUUCGCAAUCCGCGGGGCCGCCGGUGGGCGCUACGGCCGCGGCGAUGACAUCGGUGGCGUCGGCCGCGGUCCCGUCACUUUUCACCCUAUUUCUCAGCAGCAGCAGCAGCAGCAGGGGUGCGGUCGCCAGGCACGGACGACAAGCAGCGGGGCGAGCAGGGGGUGCCGUUCCCUGUCACCGCAUGGCCGUGACGGCGGCGGGAGGCCGGUCGGCAGCGGGAGGGCGUUGUUCUUUGGGGCAGCCGGUUGGCGCGGCAUCACCUCCACUCCGUGCUGAACCCGGUUCAUCCCGGCGGAAAAACACCACCUCCGUCAGCAUCAGCGCCCCCUCUUCCCCCCGCAACUCCCGCCGAAGCACUGCAAAGAAGUACGCGCCAACAACCGGUGGCAUCACUGGGGCUGUAGUCGGUGGCAGGGGCGGGAGCAACGGCAGCGACGCCUCCUACACGUUCGACUACUUCGGGCUGGCGGGUCAGAGGGGUGUGUGGCGAGGAUUGGAGUCGAUCUCGGCGGCCCGCGCGGAGGUGGGAAUCGAGGCGACGAAGGACAAUGACGACGACCAGAACAGCAACAAGCAGGCGUCGGCGGGUGGGGGUGGGGGAAACGAGGCAAAGAGCGCAGCAGGAGAAACUGAGUCGGAGAGCGGACGCGCGCGCGGAGCAGGCGGCGGCGGGGCGAAGGGACGGAGAGGGGGGCCGGGGUCUCUACUGCCGGAGAGAGCGCCGGCGAAAGGGGUGUGUUCCCCUCCGAAAGAGACUCGCGACGAUCUGCACACGUACUACGCCGCGGUAAACCGCACCACAGCCGCCCUCGACAGCACCAGCGGCUCGAACCUGCCCCCUCCCCCUUCCCCCCGUGCCCUACGGCAAGGCCCCGCCUAAGAGGCUCACGGCGUCCCGGCGUUUACAUCGGGAGACUAUCGUCGAGGGUAUGAUGUCCUUCAUUGCCCGCGUUCUCUGGCAAAAGGCACGAUGGUGGGCUAGACAGCGGUAGCGCUGCGGCCACUAGGCUGCACGAAGUCUGAAGAUACCCUCGACGUUUUGUAGACAGCGAGACAUGUAUUCUACGACAGCGAUGAUGCUGCUGUAAGCGUGAGCCGGAACGGGGCACGGAGAGAAAAAACUCGAGGACAAUCAGGACGAGCCGCCACAGCUGAAAUGCCGCAUCCUUCGUGCAACAAAGCAAAAAAUAGCAAGAAACGAAGCAAAAGUGCUAACUUCCUACUCGACCCAGAAAAUAUGCCAACGGCUUUGAAAGAAGCGUGGGUGAGCGAGAGACUCUCCUUGUUCGGUCCAACGAAGGAUAAACACAUAGACUGCCUGGAAAUAUGACAGAUACAUUGUGGGUAGUCUACUGUUGUCAGGAAGGAGUGGAGAGUGAAGGAAGGAGUGAUGGUGAAGCACAGCCGGCCGCAGGAGUGAUGCUCGUUUCGCCUUGGGAAACUGUAAGAUAGACGGUGCAUCUCGCGGAAUCUAUCCGGUGAAACCGCCUCGUACGUCCCGUGCCUGGUAGUCUCCUGUGGCGGACGCAAGCUUGUCAUAGACGUUUGUUCAGGCGGUGUGCAAUAGCGUGGUGUCAACGAGUGGGGUCAUUGCGACAGAAGCACUUCUGACGCUCUGUGGGAUGGAUAGCUAUAGGCGCUAGGAUCCAUUUGUGAAAUGUACUUCCGCAUUGGAUGUUUUAUUCUAUUUAGGCAGUAUCCGUGCUUUUUUGUAGAAGUAGCGAUGGAGAGGGGGCGCCAACAACCUGUAGUGAUGUUGUCGCGAGGUGGCGGACAUGUAUGUGUAAGGGCUAGACAAUUAAAUACUUGAGAUGUAUGAACAUGUGCCUAGUAGAUAUGGUUGCGGUGUGCGAAGAACGGCAAGGAGAGGUUAGCUCGCCCAACCACCAGUCUCUUUGAAUACGUGACCCAUAAGUUCC